AUAGCGCAAUGUUCGAAGUUAAGAAGAUUGGCACCACCUUCGACAUCUUUCGCAAGUUUAACCAUCUUGGAAGUAGAGGAUUGCAAUGACUUGAUGUACUUCAUGACACCUUUCAUGGCUAAAAGUCUCAUCCACCUCAGAAGGUUAACAAUUAGCAAUUGUGGAAUCCUAGAGGAGGUUGUGAUGACUAAUGAAGGAAGAUCAGAAGAAGAAAUCAUAUUUGAAAGCUUGUCGUAUUUGGGACUAACUUGUCUAUCAAGUUUCAAAAGCUUUUGCUCUGGGGAACACACCUUCAUAUUCCCCUCUUUGGUGACAUUGAAAGUGACAGGAUGCCCCAAAAUGCAAAAUUUCUCGUCUGGAAUCAUUAUUGCCCCAUUUCUAAAAUCAGUGACAGUGGAAAAUGGGAAAAGACACUGGAAAGAAGACCUUAACACCACUAUCCACCAUUUGUUCACAGAGGCAACUCGAGAAGGAGACGAAGGGAACUAUAAGGAAUCUUCCAGUGAUAUUACCAAAAGCAGUCAAACUCAUCAAAUGAGUUCCAGUACUACCACAGCAUCAAGCUCUGGGGAGCAAGUAGGACAAUGGAAGCCUAAUCAAAUUGCAGACACUGGGAAGCAAGAAACACACAAACUUCCAAGUCAAUCUUAUGACAAAGAGCUGAAUGAGCAAGCCUCGUCAGGUACUGAGAGGCCUUUGGCUCCGGUUACUCAAAUUGCCUCCAGCCCUUCUACAAAUCAAGAAAAAGAAGAAUCACAAGACUCAGAGACUCAAUCUAGCAAGAAUCUAUUCAAGCAAGCUACAACUGUCAACAAUAAAGAAAGUUUAACUAAGGGGACUGAAGAGAUGGGUGAGAAAAUUGAAAGGCCAUUGGUUGAAGCUGCUAAAAGUGCUCUUAGCCCCACAGGAGUUUGUGAUGCAGAUGUGAAUGAGACUACUGAGAAACCCUUAAUUCAAGCUGCGCAGGAAGCGCAGAGAUCAGUUGUAGUACAGGACAUAGAAGAAUCACACGAGUCAAAAACUAGUUCCAGAAAAAAUUUGUUCAACCAACCCAAAACUUUUGUGACCAGUGACAAAAAAGAAACUGUUGGAACUCAAGAGAUUGAUGACACCACGGAUAAAUCCUUGAUUCAAACUGGCCAAGAUGCGGAGAAACUUGCCACAACACAAAAUACAGAAGAAUUACAUGAUUCAUGUAUUGAGACUCAAAAGAUAUGCGAUACUAUUCAGAAGUCUUCAAUUCCAGCUGCUCAAAAUGUUCCAAGCUCAACCAUGAUUCAUGAAGCAGCUCUUGAUCCAUCACCUUCACAAGCUUCAGAACCUAUGAUUUCAUCAAUAGAGAAAUCGAACAUUUAUAGAAGCGACAAGGGAAUGAUUGACAUUCCUGAGAAAAGCAUGCCAUAUUUGGAGGCUGGGGUGAGGCGACAUCCUCAGGUGCUUGGUUGGCUCAACACAAAGCGACGCAGAGUGUUUGCUUCCUCUUUCUUUUCCUUAUUUGCUGAGGUGACUCAUAUCUUGAGGACCACUCGAAGAGUUGACUUGACCGAAGAUGAUCGAAACUACAUCAGAGAAUGUUGCACAGCGUUGCAAGGGGUUGGCUUUGAUGAUUCCUGGAUCAGUUACGUGCAUGGCUGCAUUGAGGAAUGUGAAGAUGGAGAAGACCUCAAGAGGAAGGUUAAGGAGGCUGAAGAUCAUGCUUCAAAUUUGAAAGCUCAGCUUGAGUCCAUCAACAAGGAGUUAUCUUCGGUGGAGGAAUCCUUAGUGUUGUUGCGUAACAGGAUCGUUCUGCAUGUUACUUGCAAUAUUGAAGGAACGUGAUCAUAAAGACGUUGUUCAUGGUAGCAUCAGUGACGUUGUUCUCUCUUGUG